AUGUCGGCUCCAGGCAUUGGAAACUUGAGCACGCUCAUCAAGCGGCUCGAGGCAGCCACCUCUCGUCUCGAAGACAUUGCCCUUCAUCAAUCCUCGGGCUCCUCACAAAAGGAACUUGCACCCGCAGCUCCCGCUCUGGCUGCUGGUUCUGUCGCUCCGCCGCCGCCGCCACCUCCUCCACCUGCCGCUAUCGAGCCAUCCAAGGACGACCCGCCGGCUGUCAAGGCAUAUGAUGAACAGCUGGGCGAAGCGCUCGACGACUUCAAGCAGCUUAGCGCCAAGAUUGGCGGCGUAGUUCAGGAACAGGCGGUCAGCGUCUUGAAGACGUUCCAAGUACAGCGCGACCUCAUUCUGCUCGCUGCUUCCAGCCAAAAACCGGCUGGUGGCGCCACUUCACCCGUGUUCGCCGAUCUGCUCAAGCCACUCCAAGCUGUGCUCACCCAAGUCAUUGAGACGCGCGACAAGAAUCGCGGCGAUAAGCAGCACUUCAACCACCUCAGCACCGUCAGCGAAGGCAUCCCUGCUGUCGGAUGGGUGGCUGUCGAGCCCAAGCCAGGACCGUACAUUGGCGAAAUGAAGGACAGCGCUCAGUUCUACGCCAAUCGUGUCAUCAAGGACUUUAAGGAUACGAACAAGAUUCACGUCGAGUGGACCCGCUCCUUUAUCAAGCUCCUUGAAACGCUCAAGACUUAUGUGCUAAAGACACACACUACAGGAUUGGUUUGGAAUCCGAAGGGAGGCGAAGCAGCCUCUUUCAAGUCGCCUUCUACUGCGGCUCCAGCGGGUGGCGCGCCGCCUCCGCCGCCGCCACCACCUCCUGCUGCUGACCAGUCGUCGGGUGCCGCUGCCACUGCUGCUGCAGGUGGUAUGGAUGCCGUGUUCGGACAACUCAACCAGGGUGAGAACAUCACAAAGGGGCUCAAGAAGGUGGACGCCAGUCAGAUGACACACAAGAACCCAGAGCUGCGAGCAACAAGCGCGCCGGAGCCGUCCACCAAAGCCACACCACCCAAGCUUGCUGCCAAACCUGCACAGCUUAAAGUCAAGAAGCCAGCCAAGACGCAACUGGACGGCAACAAAUGGGCGGUCGAGUAUCACGAGGACAACCGCUCAAUUGUGAUCGACCAGACCGAGCUCAACCAGACGGUUAACAUCUUCAACUGCAAGAACAGCAUCAUCCAGAUCAAGGGCAAGAUCAACGCAGUGCAGAUGACGAAUUGCACAAAGACGUCCAUCCUGGUCGACACGCUCGUGUCGUCGUUGGAGGUGACGGGGUCGCCGUCGUUUGCAGUGCAGAUCAUGGGACGCGCGCCCACCAUCCUGCUGGAUUCAUGUGACAGCGGACAGAUCUAUCUCUCGGACAAGUCGCUGGACUCGGAGAUCAUUGCGGCCAAGUGCAGCGCGAUCAACGUGAGCUUGCCCGUACGUGGUGGCGAGGAUGGCGAGUUUGAGGAGUACGCGCUGCCGGAACAACUCAAGCACACAGUCGACAGUCUGAACCAGAAGGGCAAGAGUCGCAUCAAGACCGAGGUGGUUGCCCACACGGCCUAG